ACUGGCCUACGUGGAUGCUCACCAGCUGGCUGUGUCCAUCAUUGCAGCCAAGUCUGAGAAUUCCUGAUUAUACUUAGAGCCUGCGGAGCUGCUGACACAAACAGUCAUUAGCAGACGACCCUUUUGCAACAAAGUAUGCUUUAAAAUGUAAACCGUGGAGGCAUUUUCCUUGCGUUGUCCAGUAGGAACUUUGUCCUGCGUGAGCCUGGAUUAAUCAUGAGAGAGCUCGUCAACAUUCCACUGGUACAUAUUCUUACUCUGGUUGCCUUCAGCGGAACUGAGAAACUUCCAAAAGCUCCUGUCAUCACCACUCCUCUUGAAACAGUGGAUGCCUUAGUUGAAGAAGUGGCUACUUUCAUGUGUGCAGUGGAAUCCUACCCCCAGCCUGAGAUUUCCUGGACUAGAAAUAAAAUUCUCAUUAAGCUCUUUGACACCCGGUACAGCAUCCGGGAGAAUGGGCAGCUCCUCACCAUCCUGAGUGUGGAAGACAGUGAUGAUGGCAUUUACUGCUGCACGGCCAACAAUGGUGUGGGAGGAGCUGUGGAGAGUUGUGGAGCCCUGCAAGUGAAGAUGAAACCUAAAAUAACUCGUCCUCCCAUAAAUGUGAAAAUAAUAGAGGGAUUAAAAGCAGUCCUACCAUGUACUACAAUGGGUAAUCCCAAACCAUCAGUGUCUUGGAUAAAGGGAGAUAGCCCUCUCAGGGAAAAUUCCCGAAUUGCAGUUCUUGAAUCUGGGAGCUUGAGGAUUCAUAACGUACAAAAGGAAGAUGCAGGACAGUAUCGAUGUGUGGCAAAAAACAGCCUCGGGACAGCAUAUUCCAAAGUGGUGAAGCUGGAAGUUGAGGUUUUUGCCAGGAUCCUGCGGGCUCCUGAAUCCCACAAUGUCACCUUUGGCUCCUUUGUGACCCUGUACUGCACAGCAACAGGCAUUCCUGUCCCCACCAUCACCUGGAUUGAAAACGGAAAUGCUGUUUCUUCUGGGUCCAUUCAAGAGAGUGUGAAAGACCGAGUGAUUGACUCAAGACUGCAGCUGUUUAUCACCAAGCCAGGACUCUACACAUGCAUAGCUACCAAUAAGCAUGGGGAGAAGUUCACUACUGCCAAGGCUGCAGCCACCAUCAGCAUAGCAGAAUGGAGUAAACCACAGAAAGAUAACAAAGGCUACUGCGCCCAGUACAGAGGGGAGGUGUGUAAUGCAGUCCUGGCAAAAGAUGCUCUUGUUUUUCUCAACACCUCCUAUGCGGACCCUGAGGAGGCCCAAGAGCUACUGGUCCACACGGCCUGGAAUGAACUGAAAGUAGUGAGCCCAGUCUGCCGGCCAGCUGCUGAGGCUUUGUUGUGUAACCACAUCUUCCAGGAGUGCAGUCCUGGAGUAGUGCCUACUCCUAUUCCCAUUUGCAGAGAGUACUGCUUGGCAGUAAAGGAGCUCUUCUGUGCAAAAGAAUGGCUGGCAAUGGAAGAGAAGACCCACAGAGGACUCUACAGAUCUGAGAUGCAUUUGCUGUCCAUGCCAGAAUGCAGCAAGCUUCCCAGCAUGCAUUGGGACCCCACGGCCUGUGCCAGACUGCCACAUCUAGAUUAUAACAAAGAGAACCUAAAAACAUUCCCACCAAUGACGUCCUCAAAGCCAAGUGUGGACAUUCCAAAUUUGCCUUCCUCUUCCUCUUCUUCCUUCUCUGUCUCACCUACAUACUCCAUGACUGUAAUAAUCUCCAUCAUGUCCAGCUUUGCAAUAUUUGUGCUUCUUACCAUAACUACUCUCUAUUGCUGCCGAAGAAGAAAACAAUGGAAAAAUAAGAAAAGAGAAUCAGCAGCAGUAACCCUCACCACACUGCCUUCUGAGCUCUUACUAGAUAGACUUCAUCCCAACCCCAUGUACCAGAGGAUGCCGCUCCUUCUGAACCCCAAAUUGCUCAGCCUGGAGUAUCCAAGGAAUAACAUUGAAUAUGUGAGAGACAUCGGAGAGGGAGCGUUUGGAAGGGUGUUUCAAGCAAGGGCACCAGGCUUACUUCCCUAUGAACCUUUCACUAUGGUGGCAGUAAAGAUGCUCAAAGAAGAAGCCUCGGCAGAUAUGCAAGCGGACUUUCAGAGGGAGGCAGCCCUUAUGGCAGAAUUUGACAACCCUAACAUUGUGAAGCUAUUAGGCGUGUGUGCUGUCGGGAAGCCAAUGUGCCUGCUCUUUGAAUACAUGGCCUAUGGUGACCUCAAUGAGUUCCUCCGCAGCAUGUCCCCUCACACCGUGUGCAGCCUCAGUCACAGUGACUUGUCUAUGAGGGCUCAGGUCUCCAGCCCUGGGCCCCCACCCCUCUCCUGUGCUGAGCAGCUUUGCAUUGCCAGGCAGGUGGCAGCUGGCAUGGCUUACCUCUCAGAACGUAAGUUUGUUCACCGAGAUUUAGCCACCAGGAACUGCCUGGUGGGCGAGAACAUGGUGGUGAAAAUUGCCGACUUUGGCCUCUCCAGGAACAUCUACUCAGCAGACUACUACAAAGCUAAUGAAAACGAUGCUAUCCCUAUCCGUUGGAUGCCACCAGAGUCCAUCUUUUAUAACCGCUACACUACAGAGUCUGAUGUGUGGGCCUAUGGUGUGGUCCUCUGGGAGAUCUUCUCCUAUGGCCUGCAGCCCUACUAUGGGAUGGCCCAUGAGGAGGUCAUUUACUAUGUGCGAGAUGGCAACAUCCUCUCCUGCCCUGAGAACUGUCCCGUGGAGCUGUACAAUCUCAUGCGUCUAUGUUGGAGCAAGCUGCCUGCAGACAGACCCAGUUUCACCAGUAUUCACCGAAUUCUGGAACGCAUGUGUGAGAGGGCAGAGGGAAUUGUGAGUGUCUAAGGUUGAAGACGUUCAAAUAAAAUGCUGCAGUUUCCUCUCAGACUCUGUGAGCCAGGGGAAUCUUACACCAGAGGCCCAACAAGACCCACAUAGGAAAGAAUAAGAGUAGACAUGAGUAGCGUGUUGUUUGCUUCCCAGGGAGAGCAAAGACAGUGCAAAACCCAUGUGGUAAACGGACCUGUUGAAAGCCAGUGAUUGGAAACACAGGCUAGGAAAUGUGUCAGAUAACGGAGACAACUAUUCUUCUUCAUGAAGGUUUGUAAUACACACUGCACAGGGAAGGAUGUCAUCCUGUUCAGUUUCCAAAGUAGCUGGUCACAGAGUAAAGCUCUGCUGUAUUAAAUUUUAAUAUGAAAUGGGAUUCAGAGCUUCAUUUUUUAAUUGAGUUAAUUCCUGUCCAUUGUGAUAGUAGCUUAAUCUUCAUGUAAGACACUUAGGUGAAGUACAGAAAACUAAAAAGAAGGAAAAGCCACUCAUUCUGUCUCCCCCCAAAGAUGAGUCUUAGUGUUUUAUUAAAUCUUUCUUGCAUUUAAUGCAUAAUUUUAUAUUUGUUUGUAUUCUGCAGAGUUGUGGUUAUAUUUUAUUGAUAGAGAGUUUCUAAGGAAUGAAACAGCAAAUCAGCAAGGCUGUAACUCUGAGUUCCCUUUUCUGUCCUGUGCCCCUCCUUUUUUCCUUUCUGUGCACUUGUCAUGAAUUAAAUCUGCUUAUUUUAUUCCUCCAGCUUUCUUGAAACAAGUUUUUGUAUCUUACUGAUUUACCUUUUCCUUUAAAAAUUGUAUUGGUAUCUUUUCCAUUGCUUUAAUCUUUAUUUCUUCUUCUUUCCAGGACUUCUGUCCUUUUUUAGUUAUUUAGCUAUUUUUUUCCUUUUAUUUCAUUCAUGUAAUAAACACUCUGGCAGAAAUAAUAACAUUUUAAAUAACAUUGUAGAUUGAUAUGUAUAUGCCUUUUGCAAAGUAUUACUAUUUUUUCUGCAUUUGCCUUUGAAGCCACACAUUUCAACAUCCUCACCUAUUAAUAUUAUUACUAGAGUCUAUUUAAAUCUCUUAAACCAUAAUUUGUAAUAUGAGAUUUCACAAGAUACACUUGUGGCUCUGAGUUAUUUCAAAACUGAUAUAUCUGUGCAUUCUGACAUUUUAUUCCUUUUAGAAACAAAUUCAGUUGGCUGUAGAAUUAAUAUUGUUCUGCUUAACAACUUUCUGCAUGACAUAUUAACUGAUUUUGUUGUAUUUCAUGAUUUAAAAAAAAAAAAAGCAGCAGCUCUGGAACUCAGAUUCCUGGGGGUUCAGAUUUUUUCUCAGUGGAUCCUCACACAAUACAUCUUUAUCUAAGUCCAUACAUGAUCUGAGUUUAUUUCCGAUAUAGCAUGAACCCAAAUUCUCCUGAAAACAAACAGGGAAGAGAAAAUAACAGUCUACUCUAUACCAGCUUAUCUUAAUUCAGACUAAUUGGUAGUUAGGGCAUUGGAGGAAUGGUGUGAAUUCUUGAAAGUAGAUUUUCACUGUCUGCUGGAAAACUCUGCCUGAAAUCCCCAAAUCUGCCUCAUGUAACAACUUGACAUCUUUGGUGGGAAACCUGCCAUUUCUUAUUCAUGGUGUCUCCAGGCAACCAAGACAAAAAUGUAGAAAUUUUCCUAGACUUUGCCCUCUCUUUCAUCCUCAAUUUUCUAUUAGUUUCACUUCCUAAAAUCCUCCUGCUGACAUCCUCUUCCCUUCAACCCAAGAGCCAAUGAUUCAACCUCUACCGUUGCCCACCUGUCUAUUAUCUGGCCUUCCUCUCGUUUCAGGCCUGAACAGAUUCUAUAGGAUACAACGACAGUAAGGCAGUCCUUAGUCACAGUUCUGGUUCAUAAAUAGCGAGGUCAGCAUUUAGGACUGAGACCUAGAGAAGUGCUUCAGAUAAAAAUCAUGAUUCUAAGUCCAAAACUGAUACCGUCAUCCAAAGGACUAAAUGAAGAAUAAAGUUGCAGCGUGUGUCCAAAACAAAGUCAAGAUGACAACAAAGCAGGAAAGUUGGAGAGGGCCACCAGCAAAUCUAGAACUUUAGCAUAGAUAUCCAUGGCUUAUUUUAGUUGCUUCACGUAUGCUCUGCAAAAUUCAAAGACAGCUUCGGGCUUUCUCCGCUGAUAAAGUUUUGUUGUAAAAGACAGACACAGAAGUCAGGCUGACAGGAAAUAGAGUAACAAUAAUCAUAAAAAUUAUAAUAUCAGCUAGCAUUUAUUGAAAUCUUACCAUGUGUAUUCUGAGGCCUUUAAAUAUAUGAACUUAAACCUCACGACAUCCCUGUAAUGUUGGUACUAUCAUUAUAUACAUUUUAGUUUUGCUUUGUUUUGUUUUGUUUUUGGGACGGAGUCUCGCUCUGUCACCCAGGCUGGAGUGCAGUGGCACGAUCUCGGCUCACUGCAAGCUCCGCCUCCAACAGUCACAGAGAGAUUGUGCAACUGGCCCGAGUGCACACAGCAACAGAGCCUACUUUUUGACCAAAAAAGGCCAAAUUCUCAACCACUCUACUGUGGAGCCUCUGUACAGUAUAGAAGCAAUAACUGAACCUCAGUAACUCUGUGGAAGUGAUUUGUAAUUUUCAUGUCGUUUCAAGCACACUCUAUAACUUUUAUUCUACUAACUUCCUAAGUCUUUUAAUGAAUAGCAAAAAAAGUAUACUUCAACAUUAUCAAUUUAAGUUAAUCAAAACAUCUAAUAGGUGACAUGUUUAUUUUUUCAUGAGUUUUAAUUACAUUUUCAAGUUAAGAUCACUGACUUAUUCCCUAAGUGCUCCAUCUAAUGUUCUGAAUCACAGGACUAUAGAUGCAUUAUUCACCAAUAUUGUUUACUUUUUUAAAUAAGAUUUUUUUUUCAUGGUAGAAUCAUCAUAAACAUUCAAAAAGGUAGACGAAAGAGAGACACUCACAGUGUCACUGUUACCAAGUGCCAGGACAGACAUCAGUAAGGUAACAGCAGUCAUUUUUAGUGAUCAAAUACUAAACAUGGUAAGAUACCAGAGUAUUUUUCACAUGACACCCAAAAACAUAUUCUCUGCUAUUGUGGCGGAGCAGAAAAAGAACACUUUCUUUUCACUUUAUGGUAUAUUACGAACCUGUUCCAUGUCAUUAAAUAUUCUUCUAAAAACCCAAUUUAAUUUUGGAAUAAUAUUCUAUUUUAUUCAGAUACUGUAAUUUUGCGAAUCAAUCUUGUAUUUUUGAACAUUUAGGUUUUUUCCAAUUUUCAUCAUUAUAAAAAAUGCUGUAAUUAACAUCCUUAUUUGUGCAGGUCCACAUUUCUUUUUAUGAAAAGUCAGAGAAAGGAAAUGUCUGGACCAAAUGGCAUGUACAAUAUUAACACUUCUGUUAUGUGGUUUCAUAUUCUGCAGAAAUAUUACUCCUACUUCUGAAUCGUACGAGAGAUCUCAUAGCUCUAAACAUUUGCUUUCAUAGAUAAUUUUCUGUUUUUUAGAAAUCUUUUGUCUCUUUGGUUAUAGAAAAAGAGAGUCUCUUUUUAAUUUUAUUUUUUAAGUUACUAGUCAGGUUGAAUUUUUCUUGUUCCUAGGUCACUAACAGUUUUUAUUUUGGCAAUUGUCUACAGCCCAUUUUUCUACUGUGUUCAUUUUCUAAUUGAAUUGUGGGAUUUAUCUUGUAAAAAGCCUAUUAAGCCUUUUUCAUACUUUACACAAGAGAUCACAUCUACUUACUUUACCUUAAAAUAACAUUUACUUAUUUUCUUGUAAAAGCAAUAUAUUAAGUUUGAAAAGAAAAAUAAUAUGCAAUAAUAUACAAUAAUAUGUAUAAUCAUAAUAGACAAUAAUAAAAAUGAAAAAACACCAACCAGUGGUAAUUAACAUUAACAUCAUAAUAUUCUUCCAGCAUUUUUCAGAUAGAUAGGUAGGUAAGUAGGUUGGUAGGUAAAUAGAUAGAAAGAUGAUACAUAGAUAGAUAGAUAGAUAAUUUAAACAAAAAUAAGAUCAUACUGCUACAUUACUUCAAGCCUUGCUUUUAUCACUUAUCUUAAACAUCUUCUACAUGAACAAGUAUUCAUGUGCAACGUUAAUUUUGAUGGUUGAAUAGUAUUAUACAUAUUUAUCAUAAUUGACAUAACUAUUUUUCUACUGUUAGACAUUUGGUUUAUUUCUAUUUUUCCAUUAUAAAAUGUAAUGUUUUGAUCAUCCUGUUGCUAAAUUUUGUAAGCAUUUAUCUUAAGUGAUUUCUUUAGCUAUAACUCCUAGAAGUGAAAUUUCUAGAUUAAAGGAUAAAUGCACUUUUAAUACUUUUUAAAUAUAUUGAAUAAUUACCUUCCUGAAUUAUUUUAUUAACAUGUACCUCUCCUAGUCAGAUAAGACAGCCCAUUUAUUUCAAUCUCACCAAUACUGAGUAUAGCAUUUCAAUCAUUGCCAGUAUAAUAGCUAAUAGCUUAAAGUUAUUUCAUAGCUUAUAUUUACACUUCUUUAAAUACUAAUAAAAUUGAACAUUGUUUAA